AUGGCGCAGGCAUGUACGUUCGAAGCGCACGGAUCGGGCGCUUGCCUCACAUGUACGUUCGACGCACCCGCUUCCGCCCGUCGCACUCCCUUCUGCGUUCCUGCACUCCCUUCCGCCCGUCGCACUCUCUUACGCCCAUCAAACUCCCUCCCGCCGUCGCCCUACUGCCCGUCGCUCUCCCUAGCGCUCGUCGCACUCACUUCCGCCGUCGCCCUCCCUUCCGCCCGUCACCUUCCCUUCCGCCCGUCGCCCUCCCUUCCGCCGUCGCCAUCCCUUCCGCCCGUCGCCCGUCGCCAUGCCUUCCGCCCGUCGCCCUCCCUUCCGCCGUCACCAUCCCUUCCGCCCGUCGCCCGUCGCCCGUCGCCAUGCCUUCCGCCCGUCGCCCUCCCUUCCGCCGUCGCCAUCCCUUCCGCCCGUCGCCCGUCGCCAUGCCUUCCGCCCGUCGCCCUCCCUUCCGCCGUCGCCAUACCUUCCGCCCGUCGCCCUCCCUUCCGCCGUCGCCAUCCCUUCCGCCCGUCACCCUCCCUUCGUCUCGUCGCCCUCCCUUCCUCCCAUUGCCCUCCCAACCACCCGCCGCCAUACUUUCCCCUCGUCGCGACCCCUUCCGUCCGUUGCCCCCCUUUGUCCCCGUCCCUGCUUCCCCCCACGCCCUUCUCUGCUUCCCCCCACCCCCCUCCCUGCUUCCCCAUGUCCCCCUCCCUGCUUCCCCAUGUCCCUUUCCCUGCUUCCCCCCAUCCCCUUCCCUUCUUCCCCCCAUCCCCUUCCCUAAUAUUCCCCCAUCCCAUUCCCUGCUUCCCCCCAUCCCCUUCCCUGCUUCCCCGCGUCCCUUUCCCUGCUUCCCCCCAUCCCCCUCCCUGCUUCCCCAUGUCCCUUUCCCUGCUUCCCCCCAUCCCCUUCCCUUAUUUUCCCCCAUUCCCUUCCCUGCUUCCCCAUGUCCCCUUCCCUGCUUCCCCAUGUCCCUUUCCCUGCUUCCCCCCAUCCCCUUCCCUGCUUCCCCCCAUCCCCUUCCCUGCUUCCCCCCAUCCCCUUCCCAGCUUCCCCGUGUUCCCUUCCCUGCUUCCCCCUUCCCCCCAUCCCCUUCCCAGCUUCCCCGUGUUCCCUUCCCUGCUUCCCCAUGUCCCUUCCCCUGCUUCCCCCCAUCCCCUUCCCUGCUUCCCCCCAUCCCCUUCCCAGCUUCCCCGUGUUCCCUUCCCUGCUUCCCCAUGUCCCUUCCCCUGCUUCCCCCCAUCCCCUUCUCUGCUUCCCCCCAUCCCCCUCCCUACUUCCCCAUGUCCCUUUCCCUGCUUGCCCCCAUCCCCUUCCCUUAUAUUCCCCCAUUCCCUUCCCUGCUUCCCCAUGUCCCCUUCCCUGCUUCCCCAUGUCCCUUUCCCUGCUUCCCCCCAUCCCCUUCCCUGCUUCCCCCCAUCCCCUUCCCUGCUUCCCCCCAUCCCCUUCCCAGCUUCCCCGUGUUCCCUUCCCUGCUUCCCCGUGUCCCCUUCCCUGCUUCCCCAUGUCCCUUUCCCUGCUUCCCCCCAUCCCCUUCCCUGCUUCCCCCCAUCCCCUUCCCAGCUUCCCCGUGUUCCCUUCCCUGCUUCCCCAUGUCCCUUCCCCUGCUUCCCCCCAUCCCCUUCCCUGCUUCCCCCCAUCCCCUUCCCAGCUUCCCCGUGUCCCCUUCCCUGCUUCCCCAUGUCCCUUUCCCUGCUUCCCCGUGUCCCCUUCCCUGCUUCCCCCCAUCCCCUUCCCAGCUUCCCCGUGUCCCCUUCCCUGCUUCCCCGUGUCCCUUUCCCUGCUUCCCCGUGUCCCCUUCCCUGCUUCCCCCCAUCCCCUUCCCUGCUUCCCCCCAUCCCCUUCCCUGCUUCCCCCCAUCCCCUUCCCUGCUUCCCCAUGUCCCUUUCCCUGCUUCCCGCCAUCCCCUUCCCUGCCUCCUCAUGUCCGUUUCCCUGCUUCCCCAUGUCCCUUUCCCUGCUUCCCCCCAUCCCCUUCCCUGCUUCCCCAUGUCCCUUUCCCUGCUUCCCCCCAUCCCCUUCCCCGCUUCCCCGUGUCCCCUUCCCUGCUUCCCCCCAUCCCCUUCCCCGCUUCCCCCCAUCCCCUUCCCUGCUUCCCCGUGUCCCCUUCCCUGCAUCCCCAUGUCCCUUUCCCUGCUUCCCCCCAUCCCCUUCCCUGCUUCCCCCCAUCCCCUUCCCUGCUUCCCCCCAUCCCCUUCCCUGCUUCCCCCCAUCCCCUUCCCUGCUUCCCCCCAUCCCCUUCCCUGCUUCCCCCCAUCCCCUUCCCUGCUUCCCCCCAUCCCCUUCCCUGCUUCACCCCAUCCCCUUCCCUGCUUCCCCCCAUCCCCUUCCCUGCUUCCCCCCAUCCCCUUCCCUGCUUCCCCCCAUCCCCUUCCCUGCUUCCCCCCAUCCCCUUCCCUGCUUCACCCCAUCCCCUUCCCUGCUUCCCCCCAUCCCCUUCCCUGCUUCACCCCAUCCCCUUCCCUGCUUCCCCCCAUCCCCUUCCCUGCUUCCCCCCAUCCCCUUCCCUGCUUCCCCCCAUCCCCUUCCCUGCUUCCCCCCAUCCCCUGCCCUGCCUUCCCUUCAUUCUCUGCCCUGCCGCCCCCCACCCUCUGCCCUUGCGUCUUCCCACCCACCCUUUGUUCUGCUUCCUUCAUCCUCGCCCACCUCACCGCCUGCCCAAGUAUCGCCUGCCCACCUUACCACCUCAAAUCCUUUCCUUCCUUUCCGCGUGCAGGUGUGGCGGAAGGUGCACGUGGCGCGAAGUGUGUUGGAGGAGCGGUUUGACGUGAUAAUCACUGAUAACGCCAUUCUUUGGCAAGUCAACCCCCGCUAA